AUGGGUAACCAACAAUCCAAUCUCGGCGGAGGUCCGCCUGGCCAGGGCGGCAAGGAUGACAAAGAUAAGAAGAAGGACAAGCCCAAGUACGAGCCACCUCCACAGCCAACCACCAGAAUCGGCCGCAAGAAGAGAAAGCAGGCUGGCCCAAAUGCUGCGGCGAAGUUGCCUACCAUCUACCCUACCGCGCGAUGCAAGCUACGGUAUCUUAGGAUGCAAAGAGUCCACGAUCAUUUACUGUUGGAGGAAGAGUACGUUGAGAAUCAAGAACGGAUACGGAAGGCAACGGCUGCUCAGAACCAAACACCCCAAAGCACCAACGAAGCCGAGCAGGUCGACCGGAAUGCUGAUGAACGUGGACGUGUCGACGACAUGCGUGGCAGCCCCAUGGGCGUCGGCAACCUCGAAGAGCUUAUCGAUGAUGACCACGCGAUUGUUUCUUCCGCCACCGGCCCAGAGUACUAUGUCUCCAUCAUGUCCUUCGUCGACAAAGAUCUACUUGAACCCGGCGCAUCGAUUCUCUUGCAUCACAAGUCAGUCGCAGUCGUCGGUGUGCUCACCGACGAUGCGGACCCUCUGGUCUCGGUUAUGAAGCUUGAUAAAGCGCCCACAGAAUCCUACGCUGAUAUCGGAGGUCUUGAAAACCAAAUUCAAGAAGUUCGAGAAGCUGUCGAACUGCCUUUGCUUCACCCUGAGCUCUACGAAGAGAUGGGCAUCAAGCCGCCCAAAGGCGUUAUUCUCUACGGUGCGCCCGGUACCGGCAAGACACUUCUCGCGAAAGCCGUUGCCAAUCAAACUUCUGCCACCUUCUUGCGCAUCGUUGGGUCAGAGCUCAUCCAAAAGUACCUUGGUGAUGGCCCUCGUCUAGUCCGCCAGCUCUUCCAAGUGGCCGCCGAGAAUGCACCCGCCAUUGUCUUCAUCGAUGAAAUUGAUGCAAUCGGUACCAAGCGCUACGAAUCCACAUCGGGUGGCGAGCGUGAAAUUCAGCGCACCAUGCUGGAACUCCUUAACCAACUGGAUGGUUUCGAUGAUCGUGGCGAUGUCAAGGUCAUCAUGGCUACUAACAAGAUCGACACGCUCGACCCUGCGCUGAUCCGACCCGGUCGCAUUGACCGCAAGAUCCUCUUCGAGAAUCCCGACCAGAACACCAAGAAGAAGAUUUUCACGCUGCACACCUCGAAGAUGAGCUUGGCGGAGGACGUGGACUUGGAUGAAUUCAUCGCCCAGAAGGAUGAUCUCAGUGGUGCAGAUAUCAAGGCAAUCUGUUCCGAGGCCGGCCUGAGGGCCCUACGUGAGCGGAGAAUGAGAGUCAACAUGGCGGACUUCCGGAGUGCGAAGGAGAGUGUCAUGAAGACGAAGAACGAGGGCGAGCCAGAGGGAUUGUAUCUGUAA